AUGGCUCGCGCCGGUGUGUUGCUGCUGGUCUUGGCGGCGGUGGCCGUUGUGGCUUUUGCGUCCGAUGCGGACCCGGUCGCUGACUUUGUACUGUCCGCAGCCAAUGGCCCCGUUACUGGCAGCAACUUUGCCUUCCGUGGUCUGAACAACGUCAACGUCACGUCCGGCCAGGGGAGCGGUGCCAGGUCCGCCAAUGUCGCGACUUUCCCGGCUCUCACGCUGAUCAAAAAGCUGCUUGCCUUGCCUGUCCAGGGUAUCUCGUACACCUACAUCAACUACGCUCCUUGCGGUCAGAACCCCAUCCACACCCACCCCCGCGCCACGGAGCUCCUGUUCGUGAUCGAGGGCCAGCUGUACGUCGGCUUCGUUGACACCAACAACACCCUGUUCUCGACCACUCUGAACGCGGGUGACGCGUUUGUCUUUCCCCGCGGUCUGAUCCACUUCCAGCAGAACACCAGCCCGUACGGCGGAGCCAGGGCGCUUGCGGCGCUCAACAGCCAGAACCCGGGAACCCAGAGGGUCGGCAGCGCACUGUUCCUGCCCAGCGGCAUUCCCGGAACCAUUACCCAGGUCGCGUUCAACGCCCAGGCGGCUGCUCUCGAAGCCAUCAAGCAGAACUUCCCGGCUUCCGGGAACCCUGUUGGCACUAGCGACACCGGGUGCGGUCGUGGCUUCACUUAUCAGGACAACUAA